GACGACGCGUUACUUUUGUUUUGGUUUUUGUUUUGCCACUGGCGCUGUUCGCUUCUCGCCAUUGCUGCCGCGGGCUCUCUGGGUCUCGGUGAAGAGAUAUGGGUCUGGACCCAGGCCCGACGACGUCGUGAAACCUUCUUCGGUGCCGACGCAGCGGGGAAAGCGAGCCUGGGCAACUCGAUGAGAAGACGGCACGACUCUAGCCGCGGGUUGUCCGCCCGCGGCAGCGGACACACUAGCGGUGCAAGCGCGUGCUGAGGAGCGGCACUGUCCGGUGACCGGUGGCAGCCAGUGCUUAGGAGCAUGAGUCGGCAAGCGGCCGGCAACAAGGGGGGUGGUGGCAAGUCCGAGGCGGGUGGCGGUUACCCUGCCCGAGGGGCUGCGGGCUCGGACGCUGCCGUUGGGGCGCGGGGUGCAGCGGGACCCUUUCCCGGCGGCAGUGCGUCGCCGGCGUCCACGUCCAGUUCGGCAUCUGCACUGGCCAGCCUGUUUGAGUGCCCCGUCUGCUUCGACUACGUGCUGCCCCCCAUCCUUCAGUGCCAGAACGGCCACCUCGUGUGCUCCCCGUGUCGACAGAAGCUCACCUGUUGCCCCACCUGCCGAGGGCCCAUCGGCAACAUCCGCAACCUGGCCAUGGAGAAAGUGGCCAACACGGUGUUCUUCCCGUGCAAAUACUCGCUCACGGGUUGCCCGGCCCUGCUGUCCCACUCUGACAAGCCCGAACACGAAGAGGCCUGCGAGUUCAGGCCGUACCUGUGCCCUUGCCCCGGAGCGUCGUGCAAGUGGCAGGGCUCUCUCGACCAAGUGAUGGCGCACCUCGUCCACUCGCACAAGUCUAUCACGACACUCCAAGGCGAGGACAUUGUGUUCCUGGCGACAGACAUCAACCUGCCCGGUGCGGUCGACUGGGUGAUGAUGCAGUCGUGCUUUGGCCACCACUUCAUGCUGGUGCUGGAAAAACAAGAGAAGUACGACGGCCACCAGCAGUUCUUUGCUGUGGUGCAGCUCAUCGGCUCGCGCAAGCAGGCCGACAACUUCAUCUACCGGCUCGAGCUCAAUGGCCACAAGCGCCGGCUCACCUGGGAGGCCACGCCGCGCAGCAUCCAUGAGGGCGUCCAGGCGGCCAUCAUGAGCAGCGACUGCCUCGUCUUCGACACCAGCAUUGCCCAACUGUUUGCCGACAGCGGCAACCUCGGCAUCAACGUCACCAUCUCGCUGUCCUGAGCGGCGUUUCGCAUACUGCGUGCGUGCUUCGGUGCGGACGCGUGUGGCAAAGAGUGUGUGGCACUCCUCGUGAAUUGCUAGUGGCCUGCAAAGGAACAUUGUGACGUGCGCAUCAACAUCACCGUCUUACCACUUUGUGUGCUGUAUUGCGCAAAUCGUACAUUACGCUUCCGAGGAUGUGCCGUAGUCUUGUGCGAGCUCAACACGGAGGACUAAGCGGAGGUCUUCACGUGAAGUUCAGUGCAGUGAAGGUUGUCAGUGCAUUUGCGGAACAAUGGCGUGGGGACUGUGGGAUUUUCCACGUUUUUUUGGGCAUGGAUCAUCACCAUUUCGUGUGUAUGACCGAGACAGCUCUUUCGUCGACCUCGGUGACGAAGCAUCAGCGUACUACAGAGGUCUACCCCUUGCUCGACUUGUUUCGUCUGCGUCCAGCGAAGCUCCCAUCGCACCGCUGCAAGACGCAGUGGACGACGCUCAUUCAAUAGGUCGUUACCCAAUGCCAUCACAUCAGCUGUACGCCUUUGACAAAGCUUAGUGUGGCAUUUUUAUGCCUCCCUACACUAGUGUUCGGUGCACAGGUAGGUAAUACUGGUUGCAACCACAGGCACGAAGCUACACUCACAGCAGUGAUGUGCCUGGACAGCUGUGUUUGUGACACGUAUUUAUGGAGUGUGUCUAACUUUUUUGCAUUGCCAUUUUGCAGUGCAGACACUAAAUAGUGUCACCUGUAGCGAACCAGGCUGCAGCACUGCAUUCCUGGACAAGUUGUCUGGGCACAGGCUCAAGCAGCUUAUCUUUAAAAUGAAGCAACGGCUGCCUUGUAUACUGAAGCACGCCUUCAAGUGUUUCUCAAAACUGCUGGGACUUCAUUCGCAAGGCGCGAGUGAUCUCGAGGGCUUUAGGGAAUGCACUUGGAGACGGACAUUUUAAGCUUCCUGCACGCAUCAGUGUCACUGGCUCAUAGUCAUCUGUUGCUCACUUGAUCACCUUGUCAGGAGCCAUUGGAGGUGGAGACACAGAAUCGACAUCUUAGCGCGACAGACUAAGCCGUUCAAGCCUCCGAACAAAAUGCCUGUGUACUGCGACUGUCAGCAGUGUCAAGGUGGGCCAUGUCUUGCAAUCGCCGUCGGGGCGACAUGCAACUUUGUUCUCAUUGGUCCGUUUAACUUGUCGGGACGGUAGCGCUAGGCUCUGUUGCGGCACGCCGAGUCUUUCGAGAUGCCUGAAAGCACUGAAUUCAGUUUUUAACCCCACACUUGCAGCCCAUCCUCACGUGGAAAGACAAAAACUGCAAAUGAAAGCUUCCGAAAGGUUGCACGGCCGCAUUAUGUAAAACUGGUGCAACAGUGAAUACUUAACGACUGACCUGUACAUCUUGAGGUCGUACUGAACCAAAAGAAGGAAAAAAAAUGUGAUUUGAUGGACUGUACCUGGAACAUUUGCGAGCACAUUCCUAGUGCCGCGAGCGAUGGGCAGCCCAAGGUCUUUCCACGACUUUCCUGCACAGCAGCUUUCGCUGUUGCCUGUCUCUUGAAUGGACAAGCGCCAUCGCAGAAGGCCCGCGACAUCACCUGAUCCAUCUGCCCGCAAGCUCCGUUGUGUUCACAAACGCUCUGCACACUGCCGCCUAAACUUUCGAGGCCACCGUGCAUCAAUGAUGCACGGCAUAUAUUUUUCAGACGUACGUGCCCCGGUGGACUGCUUGCGGCUAAUGAGUGACAAAUUCGUCCAUGUUUAACACUUUGAUUGGCAAUUACUCUUUCUUGGCUUUCACUGCACAGACGUAAUCGGAAUGGUUGUUCCAAUUUUAAAUCUCUCCUGCUUGUCAAAUGUCGCCAGCUUCUGGCGUCGUCCCUGACAACAUAGUUAAAAGAUGGUGGGCGAGGUUAAUGCAGGUAAGGAGGCGUUGGCCGACGCUGUCCUCUGCAGCAAACGCAGGAAUCCAAGAGGCACAGAAGUCCCUCUGGAUUUGCAGAAGCGAUGGAACUUGAUCAAACGCUGCCCAAAGAGAACCGGAGGGAGAGGGCCAACUAAAGCUUCACUUAAUAUACAAGACGUAGACAUUUCACGACGAACCGACUUAAGUGACGCUGCGAGACUUUUUACGACUCGGCAGCCGGUUCGUUGGCUUGCCUACGGAGGGACAUGUGGUGAAAGAAAUGUGUUGUUUUGGCCCUGCUAUUUUCAUGCCAACAGCUAGAUUGGUUUUAAGUCUCGACAUUGCCUGUAUGCUGAAUUCAGAGACGCAAUUCUUUCUUGAAGGACGAGAAAAGAACUGUACAUAUGUUGCAUAGUAUGGAAAUAAAUCUUUUAGUACCAACGA